AUGUCCCUCCGCCGCGUCGUCGUCACGGGAAUCGGCGCCGUCACCCCUCUUGGCGUCGGCGCCCGUCGAUGCUGGCGGGGUGUGCUCGCUGGGGAGUCUGGCAUCCAGAGUAUAUCCCAUUUCGAGCCACGCAGCAAAUGGAAGGACAUUCCCAGCACUGUCGCCGGCCUCGUCCCGACGGCCCCUGCCCUGGAUGGGAAUGGGAGCCAUGGCGGGGCCGGUGGCCACCAAACAGGUGAGCUGUCCGGGCUUUGGCGCCCGUCGGACUGGCUGGAGGCGUCCGACCAGCGUCGCAUGUCCACCUUUUGCCAGUACGCUGUCGCGGCCGCCGAGAUGGCCCUCAACGACGCUGGCUGGAGGCCGACGGCGCAGGACGAUCUGGAGGCCACGGGGGUUUGUCUGGGCAGCGGCAUAGGGAACCUCGACGAUAUUUAUAGCACCAGUCUCGCAUUUGAAAAAGACGGCUACAGGAAGGUGUCUCCGCUCUUCGCGCCCAAGAUUCUGAUAAACCUCGCAGCCGGCCAUGUGGCCAUGCGGCAUGGCUUCCAAGGCCCCAACCACACGGCCACGACGGCCUGCACCACGGGCGCGCACUCGAUCGGCGACGCCGCCCGCUUCGUCGCCUUUGGGGACGCCGACGUCAUGGUCGCCGGCGGCUCCGAGUCGUGCAUCCACCCGCUGGCCUUUGCCGCCUUUGCCCGCUCGCGCUCGCUCUCGACGGCGGGCGCCGGCUGCCGGCCCUUUGACGCCUCGCGCGACGGCUUCGUCAUGGCCGAGGGCGCCGCCGUCGUCGUGCUCGAGGAGCUGGAACACGCGCGCGCGCGCGGCGCCGACAUCCUGGCCGAGCUGCGCGGGUACGGCUGCAGCGGCGACGCCCACCACAUGACGGCGCCGCGACCCGACGGCUCGGGCGCACUGCUGGCAAUGCGCAGGGCGCUGCGCGCCGCCGGCAUCCGCCCCACGGCCGUCGACUACUUCAACGCCCACGCCACCGGCACCCGCAUCGGGGACGCCGCUGAGGUCGCCGCCAUCCGCACCCUCAUGCUCGGCGAGGACGGCGUCGAGAGGGAGUCCCAGGUUACCGUGAGUGGCACAAAGGGCUCGACCGGCCACCUCCUUGGUGCCGCUGGCGCCGUCGAGUCGGUGUUUUCCAUCCUGGCCGUUGCAGAGGAUCGCGUGCCUCCGACCUUGGGUCUGGACACACCAGAUGUGGGAGCCGACUUCAACUUUGUGCCAAACAUGGCACAGGAUAAAAAGGUCAACGUGGUGGUUUCGAACAGUUUUGGUUUUGGAGGAACGAACGCAUCACUUGUCUUUUCCAAGUUGAAAUAA